AUGCUGCGUUUCACCGUCCUUGCCGCCCUCCUGGCCUGUGCCACCAGCUGCGGGGUUCCCAGCUUCCUGCCCAACCUCGCUGCCCGAGUGGUGGGAGGAGAAAAUGCCCGGCCCCACAGCUGGCCCUGGCAGAUCUCCCUCCAGUACCUGAGGGACGGCACCUGGAGGCACACAUGUGGUGGGACCCUGAUUGCCAGCAACUUCGUCCUGACAGCUGCCCACUGCAUCAGCAACACUUUGACCUACCGCGUGGCCCUGGGGAAGAACAACCUGGUGGUGGACGAUGAGGAAGGCUCCGUGUACAUGGACGUGGACACCAUCCAUGUCCACGAAAAGUGGAACUCCUUCCUGGUGCGCAACGACAUCGCCCUCAUCAAGCUGGCGGACCACGUGGAGCUGAGUGACACCAUCCAGCUGGCCUGCCUGCCCCAGGAGGGGACUGUGCUGCCCCAGGACUACUCCUGUUACGUCACCGGCUGGGGGCGCCUCUGGACCAACGGCCCCAUUGCUGACGAGCUGCAGCAGGGCCUGCAGCCUGUGGUAGACCACGCCACAUGCACCCAGAGCGACUGGUGGGGCGCCAUGGUCAGGGACACCAUGGUGUGUGCCGGCGGUGACGGCGUCAUCUCAGCUUGCAACGGGGACUCCGGCGGCCCGCUGAACUGCCAGGCCGCCAACGGCUCCUGGGAGGUGCGCGGCAUCGUGAGCUUCGGCUCCGGGCUGGGCUGCAACACCCGCAAGAAGCCCACCGUCUUCACCCGCGUGUCUGCCUACAUCGACUGGAUCAACGAGAAAAUGCUGCUGUAAAUCAACCUCCA